GCUUCAACACCAGCAACCAUCGGCAGUGAGCACACGCGGAUAAGCCACCUGUUGCCACCACCCAACCCGCCCAGGCCCCAGCACGCCACGCCGCCGGCCAUGGCGCCCGCCCUGCUGUGCCGUCCGCCGAUCCCCCUCCUCCUCCUCCUCCUCCCCCUCCUCGCCGCGACGACGACGUCGGCCACGCACCCGACGCCGGCGCGGUGGCCGGACCGGUUCCACGCGACCCUGUUCGCGAACCUGACCAACGCCUCGAUGGCGUCGACGGGCCCGCCGCUGCGGAUCAUGGAGCUCUACUACGACUGGCCGCGGCGGCGCAACCUCAACGUGGUCCGCCACCAGCUCUCCGCCGACCCGCUCUACGACGUCGAGUGGGACAACGGCACCACCUUCUACUUCGACUCCCGCUCCUGCCGCGCCGAGCAGUUCCCUGUCGGCGUGCUCCGCCCCGACUGGCUCGCCGACGGCGAGGGCGUUGUCUACCUCGGGCGCCAGGUCACCGGCGGGAUCGAGUGCGACGUCUGGGACAAGCUCGGGUUCGUCGUCUACUUCCAGGAAGUCGCCACCGGCCGCCCCGUCCGCUGGAACUUCCUCGACGUGACCGGGAUACAGCAGUUCGUGAUGAGCUUCGAGAUCGGAGUAGAGAUGCCGGAGGACUCGGAAUGGCAGGCGCCAGCCCAUUGCUUCCCUGCCGACGACGACGACGAGGAGACCAUCAAGAGCGAAUCUGAUCGCAUCGACGGCGUUCAGGACGGGCUCGACGCAGCCAGGCUACUGAGAAAGCUCGCAGGAGCUGCCCCGUUUUACUAGUGGCGUACGUGAAUUUGUGUAAACGAGAUAUACUAUACAUAGCUAAUUAGUACAGUUAUUAAUCUGGGAAUUUGGGGGCCAAAAUAUGUAGUUAUUUUAAACUAGGGAGCUGUAAACGUUUGCAUAACUUAUGCUUUCAGCAAAAAAAUUAACAGCGACGGCAAAUAUGGGUU